UAUAUUUGGUAUAUUUUCGAUAAACGAUAGGUGUUGGUCAUACGGUCAUACUAAUUACAACUAAAGACGAAAAUGAACGCGGAACUCAAGGGCAAAAUCGAGAGCUGCGCCCGUACAGCGGAGGAUUUCACCCGCCUGUACUAUGCCUCCGUGGACAAUCGCCGGCACCAAAUGGGGCGUCUGUACAUCGACAAUGCAAUCUUCAGCUGGAACGGAAAUGGGGCCACAGGACGUGAAAUGAUUGAGCGCUAUUUCUUGGAGCUGCCAGCCUCUAGCCACCAGAUGAGUACCCUAGACGCACAGCCUAUACUGGACUCUGCUGUGGCUAAUCAACUGACCUACCUCGUAAUGGCCAGCGGCACUGUCAAGUUCGUGGACCAGACUAUUCGCAACUUUCAGCAGUCCUUCAUCGUCACCGCUGAGAACGACAAGUGGAAGAUUGCAUCCGAUUGCUAUCGCUUACAGGAGGCAGUAGUCUGAGUUUCCGCCCAAAGAACACUCCAUACGUUGUUAUAAUAAAGUUAAGCUAGGCUCGAUUAUCAAACCGAA